AGGUGCAUGCUCCACUCUAGUUUAAGUUGAACUCUCUAGCAAUUCUCAAAAAUUAUACAAAGUUAUUUUACUAGUUUUUGAAAACUUAGAACAAAGAAAAAUGAAGGUUGUGUCACCAAUGAUGUUGGCUCUUAUGUUAAGAGAGAAAAGACCUGCUAAUAAUACUAUGAUUAACUAUGAUUUUGUGAAAAAUAGGACUCAACAACAACAACAUAGAUUGAUGGUGGGAAGAGCUAGCAAUCGGUCCGGGGUCCAUGGCACUCAUCUACCUGCUACAGAUGACAUUGAUAAUGUGGAAGUGGAGAAGGAGAUCAAGAAAGGUAAAAAGGAUAAAGAGGAGAAGAGGAAAGAAGUUGAGGAAACUGUUGACUCACACCUUAGCCGUUCUGGUCAAGAUCAACACCCCAAGUCUUCCCCUACCAAAUAGUUCAAUUUCUUUUUUUCUUUCUUUUUUUUUUAAUUUAUUUUAUUUACAAAAAUCUUUUUCCAUUCUAGAAUAUGCAAGUUUCUUUGACUUAUCUAUGUUUGGCAUGCAUGUGCAUAAAAAAAGUCAUGCUUAACAAGAAAUUGUAAAUUUGAACCAAAUUUCUCCAAUCUCCAUAAUAUAAGAAAUAAUACUUGUAUGCUCUUUUCAUCUUUAUGGUUCAUAAAGGUGUGAAGGUUGACAGUCUAACACAUCGUGCUACCAUCAUAUUACACUCCGUAUAUAUAAACCAAGUAGUCCAUAUGUGAGUGCUUUAUACUUAAAAUCAAUUUGGAAUUAUUAAUUGUUGGAUCUCCAAUAAUUAUCAAUAUUAAUGAAAACAAAUCGAGCUCAUCAGAUAGAGGUAUGUAGUGUUCCUAGGUUAACACUUUUUUUUAAAAAAAAAAGAAAUAGAACUUGCAAAAAAAAAAAAAAAAAAAAAAAAAAAAAAAAAAAAAAAAAAAACACUAGGACUAGAGGUGACAAAUAGUUUGUUUAAAUCGGAUCUAUUCAUCAAUAGAUUAUACAUAUCUAGGUAAGGAAAGUUGCAAGUUGUCUAAGAUUAAUUCAGGUAAAUGUUGUAUAAAUUUGAGUAUAAGUUAGGUCAGGUCAGUUUCUAAUCAUUCAAUAUCGGCGGUACAUGUUAGAUUUGGACCUCUAAUCAUCCAAUUUUGGUCACAGUUUAAGUCCAUCAUGUCAAUUUUGCGAAAAAUAUGUUCUUAUUGUACCUUGAGCUUCAUUAUUAUUAGGUCAAAAUUUACUACUUUGUAUAUUGUUUAAAGAACGGUUAAUGAUAAUAUAUUGUCUAAUUAAGAAAUGAGGGUAUGUAGCUCCCAAGUUGG